AAAUUCACUCAACCUUAUACAGGCCAUACUAAUUUUUCAAUGGAUAAUAAUAAUAGUAUGUAUUACAUAUGUAUUAGUAACAACAUAUCCAUUGGUAGAAUUCUAAUAGAUAUCUCAUUAAUAAAAUAAUUAAAUAAAAAAUAGGAAAGAGAUAAAAAUGAUUUAUCAUUUUUAGAUUAGAAUUUUGUUGAAUAAGUGUAUUAUGUUAAAAUAUUAGUAUUAUUAUUAUUAUUGUUAGAGAGACACUCUUAAGUAAAUUUAGCUGCUCUAAUAAACUUUUGACGUUUCCCAAAAUAAAACUAUUCACAUUAUUUAUCUAAUAAAUCUGAUAUUUAGAAAAAAAACUAAAAUUUAAAUAAAUGUGAGAAUUAAAAAACUAAUCAAAAAAUUUUAGUAAUAAAAGACAAAACAAAAUUAAAUACAGAAAAAUAAGAGUAAAAUCGAAAAGACACAUACGGUUUAGCUGGCUUAAGAAGCUACAUGUCGGCAAGGUAAUUUGACAAUUUUCUGAGAAAUUACUGAAACUAAUUUUUUUUUUAAUUAGUAUUAUUGUCAAAAACGCGAGAGCGAGGUGUGCAUAAAUACUCAAGCAACACCAGUCCACUUGUAUUUCAAAAAAACAAAAAAAAACAGAGAGAAGAAACCCUUCUCUCUUAAACCCUAGUUUUUGUUUUGAUUAAGAUCUGUAUUUUGUGUGUAAAAAUGGAGAAGAAUCUCGUUGGAUAUAGGUUUAGUCCUACGGGAGAGGAACUGAUCAACUAUUACCUCAAAAACAAGAAUCUUGAUAAACCAUGGCUAGUCGACGAUGCCAUCAACGAGAUCAACAUCUGUGCUCACGAUCCAGAGUCCUUGCCUUCGUUAUCGAAGCUGAAAUCGAACGAUCUCGAAUGGUACUUCUUCUCUCUCAGGGAGUACUACGAACCUGAGAAGAAGGGAACGAAGAGGACAACACCCUCUGGGUUCUGGAAAGUUACUGGUUCGGAUAUAGAAAUCAAGGACAAGAGAGGACACGGUGUAGUGAUCGGGAUCAAGAAGACGCUUGUCUACCAUCAAGGUAAAUCAACUAAUGGAGUUAGGACUCAUUGGGUUACGCACGUGUAUCAUAUCACUUCCUUGUCUCUUAACCAGAGCAACUAUGUUAUCUGCAAAGUAACCUACAAAGGUGUUGACGGAGACAGUUUGUUCGGUAAUAACUCCAAGUCCAAUGAGUUACGCCACUCCAUGGUCUGUGUUUCCAAUACUGCCAGAGGGAUUAACACAACCCCUGAGGUUGAGCAACCAGGGGACAAAGGUCUCUAUAUAUCUAUGGAUGAUUUGCCAACCCCAAUGAACGAGCAAGAUGAUCCCUCUCUAUUCAAUUCAGACACGUUUCUCAACGACAUCUACCCUCACCAGCAGCCACAAAUUCACUGGGAUGAUGAGUAUUUUAGUAAAUGUCUUACUUUUAAUGGAGGGAACCAUGCUGAUGUGCUGGGCGAUCUAGACAUCAUAAUGGACGAGCACCGCAACGAUCACAGGCCAAAGAAAGCUUUGACAGGGUUCCUUCCUGAUUAUAGCAGUGAGAGCGAUGAUGCUGAAUCCAUAUCUGCAACGAGUUACCAAGGAGUAUCAAGUCCAGAUAGCGCUCACAAUGUGAGUAGACACUUCCACACUAGUGUAGACGAGAUUCCAUCUUUGAGGAAAGACUCUGGCAAAGAUACACAACCUCAUGCAGAAACUUCUAUUAAUAGAAAGACUCGGAAAUCUCAUUUCACACGGCGCAUUAUACCCUCAAAACAAGAGGUGAAAGAAGUCAAGUCUACAGCCACUGAUGCAUCCAAUGACAAGAAGUCAUCAUCACCUAUGGUGAAGAGAGAGAAGAAGGGCUGGUUGAUCACAGAGGACGCAAUGGAGAGAAAAAACCGCAAGAAUCCACAGUAUAUCUUUGUCAUGAACAUGAUCAUAAGCUUCAUCAUCUUGGUGGCUGUCAUUGGCAACAUCAUAUGCGUUUUACAAAGAGUCAAAACUUGAACUUGCUGAUGAAGUUUGAUUGCGAGGGGAGGCAAAGCAGAUAGAUUGAAGCACUUGUUUUUAUUUGGCUUUUUCUGAUUCUGUUUUUUUUUUUUUUGAACACGUUUUUUUUAAAGGGGUGCAACAGGAGGAUUUCCCGGGAGGUCACCCAUUCUAGUACUACUCUCGUCCAAUCACGCUUAACUGCGGAGUUCUGAUGGGAUCCGGUGUAUUAGUGCCGGUUUCUUGUUUUUUUUUUUUGAAUUGUGUGUAUCUGUGUGUAAAAUAGAUGGACUCAAUUAUUCUGGUGGGCCUGUUACGGGUAUAUCUCGAGCCUUAAAUAAAAAGUGAAAUUUAAUAUUCUCAACCUAGCGUAAGGUAUUUCUUGUGUCUCAAGUCCCUUUACAUAUUAUAUGUUUGUGUAGAUAUUAUUUGAUUAUAGGUGGAUUAGGUCAAGAUUUUACAGUUUUUUUUGUGUAACAUCUGCUUUCAACUUUCAUCAUCUUCUUCUCCAGGAAUAGAAUAAUAAGAUAAUAAUCUCUUCUUUUCAAUUUUUUCCUCCAGAACGUUUCCCACAAGUUACCUAAGCUGCUCCAGAAUGGGAUCUUAAUUCAGCGAUGGAGAUUGACAAUUUACGAGCUUAAGAGGACUCCUCGUAUGAGGUUUGGGGGAUAAAAUCAUCUUUUGCUUUGUCCCAAGAUCAAGCUUUGCUUCUUUGUCACAAUAUAAAAGUAUAGAUCCGAUCGAACAAUCAAAGAUUUUACUAAUAACUAAUGCUGCCAUAGACACCAAUCUGCGGAUGAGAAGAUAAUCACUGUGAAAUGGAAGAAGAAGAGAUGGAGAUGUAUUUAUAGAGAGAAACUGAGGUGAUGGAUUGGCCAAUGAGUUGGUGGAUGGUUUGGUUGGGAGAAGAUAAGAGCCUUUGAAUUUUCUUUUCUUCAAUGAUUAAAAAAUAUUCUAAAAAGUAUAAAAUUCAAUAAAUAUCAAUUUGGUAGAUACCACUUUCA